AUGUACGGAUUGAGACAGGAAAUUCUGGAAUCGACUGGUAGUGCUUCUCAUUUAGCAAACAAUUUGUCAAUUUUCUUUCAUGAAACACAGAAGCUAAUAUUUGCUAGCGUAAUACACAAGAAUGAAAUUUGCGUACUAUCUUGGAAUCAAAAUCUAAUUUCACGUGAUAAUUUGUCAAUCAACCCUGAUAAGUCUAAUACAUCUUUUAGUGUGUUACAAGCAAAAUAUUGUAUGCCAACCUGCAGAACCUUUCCACUUUUAGUUGUUGCAACUUCUAUAGGAAUAAAGAUUUAUGAUGUGAAGACAUGGAAAUUACUUGCUUCGAGAGAAAUGACUUGUGUAAAAAAGCAAAUGAGAAGUGAGCAAGUAUAUCAAUUUAAUAAAGGAAUUACUUAUACAGAUAACUUGAUUGCUGUUGGUUCACAUUUAGGAGAAUUACUAGUAUUUGAAUGCUUGAAUGAAAAUACCAUAAUUUUCAAACAAAGUAUUCAGGAGCAUAAUUAUGCAAUAUCUGAUAUGGCAACUUAUCAUUUUGAUAAAUUAACAUGCUCUUGUGAUGUUUUGGGUGAUAUUGUACUUUGGCAUAAGGACUUUAAAACGGUUCAAAAAAAGUUUAGCACAGGCCAUGAAAUUAACUGCAUCAACAUCCUGAGAAAAUACAUAAUUAUUGGCACCUUCACUGGUCAGUUAUUAGUUUAUUCCUGUUUAAAUGGACAGCUAAUGGCCGAAAUUCAUGCCCAUAUUCGUCAAAUCAAUGCAAUUGCUGUUGCUCCUGAAAGUGAUUAUAUGAUAUCAGUCAGUGAUGAUACGAUGAUACGUCUUUGGAAAUUAUAUACUCAUGAUAAUGAAACUUUUCGGAUUGAAUGGCGACAAAAUGAACAAAGAGAAAACAUGCCAUUGGUGGGUGUACAGUUUGUUGAUGGCUGUGGAAGUGGUUUUGUUGUAACAGCCUAUGAUCACUACAAAUUAUUUUAUUAUCAAAUAGUAAAACAGUGA